CUCGCAUCCUUCCACCACCACCGCCGCCGCCUCUCCUAACAUUUCGUCCUUCUCUCCCCCAAAAUUCCCAAUUCCACCCCCUCCCUCUUCAUUCCCUACACCUGCCUUACCUCACUUCACCUUGCCUACCUACCUACCAACCCUCAACUCUGGCCCGGUGCUCUUCCCAACCGGCGAAUAUUCUUUACUUCAUUCGCUUUUUAUCCCACUCCCACAACUUACUUUACCCGCCCUCACACUUCAUCCAUGUAUCCGUAUUGACCUGGACGGUGCCACAUCUCUGUUUCCUGCCUACAGCAUGUGCUAGCCCCCGAGCCGCCGUUUUCGUCGUCACCACUAGCCAUUGUUUUCUCUCUUCUCCAUUCUCUUCCACCACCAACCGCUUGCUCUAUUCUCUGUCUCUCACUCUCUACCUAUCACCACUACUUCCCCUUCUUCGCCUUUCACUUUACUCUCUGCCCUGCGCUCUUGUCUUCUCUUCCCGACCUUGACGACGACUUCACCUCUUUGUUUCCCCCGCCCACACCAGAGAGGGACCCGCCGCUUACGAACAGCCCCCCCGCCUUCUCUCCGACCUGAACUAUUCUUGUCGCGAGACUGGUCACCUGCCCAGCGCACACCGCGGCACCGCCCCGAGUACGAGGAGGACCAAGGACCAGAGAGUGAAGGAAAAUAAGAGACUUCGGUCCUACCGAGACUUGAACCACCAAACCCCGCCGCCGACGACGACGAACGACGACGAGCAGAAACAUCGACGGGAUUCAGCAGCGCUGUCCUCCGAUCUUCACCAAUCGCCUACGCCCUUUUCCUUCUUUCAACAACACCAACCGCGACUCCCGCCCCUUCAACCACCACCCGCCGCAACCAUUUCUUUAACCAUUACGCCCACGCUGCCCCCCUCGGCUUACGCAGUCUCGUCGCCCGAGACUGCCGCCAACACGUUUCCCUCGCGCAAGAGGAGAGAGAGAGAAAAGGGAGUCGGGCAGCCCAUUCCAAAGGUGCACAAAACCAUGCCGUCAGCGGCGGCGAGGCGGGUCUACGAGGAUCAAAUCCCCUCCUUCAUGUCAGUCUUCGACCUUGACGCGGAGACAAUCGCAGCCCAGGAAACCCUCACUCUUGUCGACCCUAAGUUGAUGGACAUGGAGGCUGCCGGGAAAUCCUUGGCCAACCCGGUCCAACAUCUGCGGCCCAUGAUGCCGUCCGAUCCCACCCACAAGCACCACGACAGUACCUCCACACAGGCAUCCGAGUCUGCUGAGUCUUCACCUACGACGACGCUCUCGACGAGCGACUGCUCCCCGUUGUCGGACCCGUCUCCCUCGUCUUCCCCAGACUCCCCCGUCAACCUGAUCCCCCUCAGCUCUUUCCCGGCUACCUCCUUUGGCGGCCUUGCGCCAUUGUCCUCGAUGAAUUCUUUCACUGCGACGGAAGCCACGAGUUUCGGUCGACCUAUGACGUCGCCCUCGCCACGCCGUCCCAAGAAUAUGAAGGGUCUGUCGAUCCAGCCGCCCUUCGCGAGCAACGCGGCCACAACGCUCGUCUCUGAACCUGCAUCGCCCUCUUUCAUCAAGCCUACCAUCCCGGCAAUGAAGCGCAAGCCCAGUCAGUUGAGCCUCAAUACCAAGACUUCGGACCUGGUCAUGCGGAACACACUCGACGUCCCCGGUACGCCUGGCAUGGCACCCAUUCUGCAGAGGCGCGCCCUAAAACACUCGACCUCGUCUCCCCAUAUGCUGCCUUCCCUGAAGUCCGCGACGUUUGGCCCCCCCGGUGGAAUGACUUUUCCCAAGGUCCUUGAGAGGAACGAGUCGGGUCUAUCAGAGUUCUUGAGGCCGACAAAGGCCGGCAUCGGCGCUUCGUUCGACACGACAAUUGUUGAGGAGGAGUCGCCAAUCAAGACCCAGCUCGCCAGCCGCGCCGCCCUCGACUUUGAGCCGUACCACGAGAACGAAAACAACGAGGAUCAAAAGACGCCCGGUUACCCUGACGGCCCCAUUGCAAUCUACGAGGACAAUGUCUACCUCUACCUGGAGCCGACUGCCGAGGAAGCCUCAAAGUUCGACACGGUCAUAAACGUUGCACGGGAAGUCAGCAAUCCGUUCUCAUUUCUGCCAAAACCGGAUGAGCCCAUGUCGGACUCUCCUGCGAUCCUCAGCCCCAUCCCCGAUACCGCCGUGUCAAACGCGAGUUUUUCGACGGCUUUCGAGUUCCCCACCAGUGACAGAAUCGAAACACCGACGACGCCUAGGGCCAUGUCAUUCUCCGUUCAGCGCCCAGAGUACAUCCACAUGCCUUGGGACCACAACACAGAUAUCGCUCAGGACCUCAUGCAUCUUUGCGAAACAAUUGACACGAGAACAAAGGAGGGAAAGAGGGUCCUUGUCCAUUGCCAACAAGGCGCAAGCCGGUCUGCCAGUCUCAUCAUCGCGUACGGACUUUACCGGAACCCCGACCUAAGCGUCAACGACGCCUAUUACGCAGCUCAGGAGAAGAGCAAGUGGAUCAGCCCCAACAUGAAGCUCAUGUACUGCCUACAGGACUUCCAGAAGCAGGUCUCCAAGAAGAAAGCGUCGCCAGGUUCGGCGUUUCGCCCCCGUGCCGGACGUAGCCCCACCAAACACCGUUUAACGCUUUCUGCAGAUGCCGCCAUUGACAUCGCACCCAAGGAGCCUUUGACAGCUCCUCUCCCAGGAGAGAAGGAGGGUAGCUCGGGGAAUGCGAGCCCAAGCAAGAGCAGUCCUACUCGUGCCAGGGGUCACUCGACGCCCGGCAGCCAGCCAAUCUCACCGGGGCCAUCAUCGGCACCGUCGAGUUUUUCAUGGUCAGAAAGUGAGAACUCUGCAAAGUUUGGAAGUUUCGACGUCGACCGUUUGCUUCCUUCCAAACCCGCGCCGCCUGUUUCGGGUCUCGUACCUUCGUCAUCGUUCUUCUCCAGGCCACCACCUUCGCCUGGCCCACCCCCCUCGCCUGGUUUUGGGGCACACCGAUUCGGCCCAUCUGCCGGCUUCGGAUUCUCCAGCUUGAAUCUGGGUCCGGCAACAGACCGCCGGACGCAGCACGCUGUCCACACGGAACGACCGCUCACAAUGGUUGGCGCGAUUCCUGACGAUGCGGCUCUCAUGUCGCCCAGAGCAGAGACAAUGACAAAAAACCCGCUGCACGCUUCCUGCAACGAGUUCCCAGGGAUGCGAUUUGUCGAGGUACCGCCGACCCCAAGCGAAGGUCUGUUCUCGCCUCGAGAAACAAUGUUCCCCAGGGAUCCUUUCUACCCUUUCGGACGCCCCACUCAGGUGGCCGAUCCGCGAAGUCCGCCUACAAAAGGUGAAACGCCAAUUGUGAGGUCUAUCGACGAGCUGCUAUGACCGCCGCCAGGACGGGACACACCGCCACUAAGCCAUUAGCAUCAAGCCCCUCUGGAUCGGACUAUUUCGGCUACACUCGGCCGAACUAUUGGCCAUUGUUGCUAUUUUCUGCGACACCAACCGGUCAACACGAGUGCAUUGCGACAAAGCAGUCCUCGUACUUCGUCCAAGGUUUGCAGAAGAGGUGAGCUCGAGGCCAUCAAUCGAAAAUUUCGCACCAUGCAAGCCGGGUAACCACCCUUCCAGUCCGUUGAAUGUUUCUACGGCAUUCACAUGCGGCGCAUCGUUCUGGAUGAGAAAGGGUUGUCGGUGGCAUACUAUCACGCGAUUUCUCGCCUCGUGGACGCCACCGAUGAUCCAAACCAGACGUACAAUCUGCCCAAUCUACCUUGUCGAACACGACGAGCUCUAGGAGGAGCUUUAUCAACCGUCAAGCCGGCAUUUCUUUUGUCAUUUUCGAGCCUUCUUUU